AUGUCUUACCCAAAACCAACCAUAAAAGAAUCACAGAAAGAAUUUAUUCGUACAAUAUUUUUGAAGAUUUUAUCUCAUCCUUUCAGAAAAACAAAUUCUUCCCUUAUGCUUUUGUGUUCAAAAGAUCAUCAUUACGAUCAUAUUGAUAUUGAUAAUUUGCUUCGAGGAGCUUUUAAUAAAUUUGACCUUAGGCAAAAUGAAAACUCUAUUUACAUCAACUAUCAAAGGAAUACAUUAAAAAAUAUUUUACCAGUCUGUGAAAAAUGGUUUCAAUCACUUAAAAAUAAUAACAAAUUGAAAGUUCGUCGGGAACUUAAUUUUAGAAAUCUCGAGGAGCAAGAUUUAGUGAAUGAUAUUGGUGAAAUUCUACCCGCAUUUUAUUUUAUUGGCCUCGAACAAGACUAUAAUUUAAUUUUUGGAUCAGAUUAUGGCAUAUAUAUCACUAUUAAAACUAGACAUAAUGACAUGAAAGAAGCUAAUAACCACUCGGCCGAGAAUAAACAUAUAAAUGACGCGAUUAGAGUACUUAGAGCUAGUUAUAUAAACGAUCGAAAUCUUGAGUUUGAAGAUGAACAAGAUGAGGAAAUUGCUAGAUUGAUUCAGAAUGAUCAUGAAAAAGCAAAUGAUUGUGAUAUCAAUUUAGGAGCUCCAGAUAUUGCGGAUGUUGAAAUAUCAAAAGGUACCUGGAUUAUAGAUUAA